UAUUUCCUCGUAGAUUUGGUGACUUUGGUCAAUUGGGUCCGACGCACCAACACCGCCAUGGCCGACGCGCCCACCAGCUCCGGCGUCUCGCCGCCCCCGCCGCCAGCGCAGCCAGAGAGCGGCUCGAUCUCCUCCAUGGUCGCCUCCUCUGCCUCCUCCGCUGCGGCCGCGGCAGCGGACUUCACCUGCUGGGCGCAGACCUUCGGCGCCGAGAAGGCCGACGCUGCCAAGGCUGCCCUAGGCGCCGCCGCCACCUUAGCCACUUCAUCCGCCUCCGCGGCGGUUUCUGCUUCCUCCACGGCCGCGUCCUCUGCCCACGCGGUAGCCUCCGACCUCACCCUUAUCGCAAAGGAGGAGUUGGAAUGGGUAAAGAAGGAGUACUCCGCUCACGAGCAGAUGGUGUUUGGCAAGAUCAAAGAGGGUGUCGUCAUGGCGAUAAUGCAUCCAGGCAUUGCUGCAGGCUCCACAACCCUUGCAGGGAUUGUGCUGUUCAAAAGGCCAAGGAGCUACCUGAUUCAACGAGUACGGCGCAUGUUUGUAAGCAAGGAGAACCUACUUUCUGGCAUACAAGCUGAAGUGAAUCACAUGCGGCAAACUGUCAAUCUUGUGUCCAAUGAAAGCCAAAAACUGAUGGAUAGAGCAGCAACUGCAGAGAAAAGAUUUCAGAAAGGAUGGAAUACACUCAGGGAAGAAGGGCGCACCAUUCAAUAUGAGUUAAACCAGAUUAGUGAUAUCGAAAAACAAUCUGUAGGUCUGAAGGGCAUUCUCGAUCAGCUUCCCAGAGCACAUGCUUCUGAAUUUCGAUCAGAGAGUGGGCACGAGAGCUGCACGAGGAUCUGCGGCGUGGUCGGUGUAGGAGCGAGGAGUUGUGCCGCCCCAAUCCGGGCGAGACGGUGAGACGGAGGAUGAGGAGACAGGCAUCGGACGGCGGUGCGUUCCCAAGAUAAGAUGAGGCUUGGUCGAUCCAGCUGACCCGAUGGGUCUUUUGGUUUUAAACCAUUGGCCCUCAAUUUUUUCCCGAGUUGAACCAUGGUCCAUUGGGCACGAUUAUGUGGAGCGGGUCAGCGAUCCAUUGGUCCGACCCGACCCCAACCUUUACUUUGAAAACGGUGAUGUUCGUUGGAACUGACCAGAGACUUUUUUUCUAGCCAAUCAUAUUUUUGUACGGGAAAUUGGUUGGUGACCAGGGGAUCCGGCGUCCCCUUUAGUAAGAAUACGAUUAAUCCAACAUGUUGCAAUGUUUAAAAAAAUUCAUAAAAACUCAUGUGUGUAGUGCACAUAAUGUUAAGUAAACCUACAAAAAUUCAACUUCAAAUUCAUCUUUGAUAUCGAGAUUCAGAAGACACAAGGGUACUGUUAGCACGUGAUGAACAAUGCUGGACUGACUGCUUGUCUAUUUUGUUUCUUGACAUCUAGGAUGAAUUUGAAAUUGAAAUUUUUGCAGGUUUACUUUACUUCGUGUGUAUUACAUACAUGAUUUUUUGAUGAAAUUUUGAAACAUCGCAACAUGCUGAAUUUGCUAAUGGGGACACGAGAGCCCCUGGAUACAAAAUACACACUCUUUUUGUAAUUACACGUGUGUGUCUCCAAAAUCUAUAUUCUAAAAUAGGGGGUAAAUUGAAGCCUUAUUUUCUUGGCAGUCUUACUAGUUACUCCUGGCGUGGAUAUUACAUGGGUAAGAAUGGAUUUCUUAAAUAGCGCAACCUUCGUAUAUAUGGGUUGGACCUCCCAGAAUCUCUUGUAUAAAGAAUUACCUUAGUUUUUGGGUUUCAUUGUUGUUAUCUUUAUACAUGAGCUGCUAUUUGUUGCAGCAAAAGUUGCAUUUAAUAUCUAACAAUUCCUUUGGGCUUUGUUUCAGAAAACACACACUUCUCAAUAUACGUAGCGAUUUGCAUUUCACUGUCUAUUCGUCACCAUUUAUUACAUCUCAUGUACUGAGUGAUUAGUUAUUUUCAGAAAACUGUGCUAUGGAUUCUACACGCACCUUAUAAAAAUGCACGGUAGUAGCAUGAGUACUUUCCAAAUCUGUGCAUGUCACCUCUCCGCAACUAAUUGUGUAGAUCCCAGAUAUAGAUGGCCAUGAUGCCCUCUAUUAAUCAAUGGAUAUUUCUUUCAUUAUUUCUUUCUUUCUUUUUUUGUUGGAAGCUGGAGGAUUCUGUAAUGAAAACUCAUUGCAGAGUUUUU